AUGGCUGGUCUCCAGUGGGCGCCACCUCUGCCUAUGGCUGUUAUGCUCCCAUAUAAUAAAGCAGAAGCCCCGGGGCUCCACUCCAUCAAACAAGACCUCUAUGAACGAGGUGACCCUUCUCAGAGGUCCUCAGUGGUACGCCUAAGGGACAGUUACCAGAAGCGGCUUUUGAGCAACAAAGAACUAACACAGGACCAUCUCUAUACUCACCCCAAAAGGAAUGCCUGCAGCAAAGUCCGGAGCUGUGCCUAUCCCCACUGUACUGAAAUCAGCCAACAAGAUUCAGGAAGCAGCCCCCAGAGACAAGUGAAGGGUUCGUUUUACUCAUCCAGCCCUCAAUCCUGGUAUCCUGAAACAAAUAACCAGGACUUCAUCCCCUUCACUAAAAGGAGAGUGGGGGUCGACCGGGCAUACCCACUGAAACCUGUGUUCCAUCGGAAGCCUCGUAGUAUAUGUGAAGCUGGCAUUUUGGGGGACCAAAAUGUCUCCUCAAAACUUGCUGAUCCAAGAGAGUUUUCAUCCAGCAGCUUUGGCUCAAGGAACUGGACAAAUGCACCCAUGGUCAGUUCUGUUCUUGCUGCCUCCGACGAGACUGCCAUGGCAAACUACCACAGGGCCGAGUGGGUGCGAAUCCAAAGACUAGAGGCUGCAGGGGAGAGCCUAGAGGAGGAAAUCCGAAGGAAAGAGACCCUCCUGAAAGAAAAGCUGAAGAAGACAGAGGAGGAGCUCAGAAGGAUCCAGAGGGAAAAAGAACAGGCUGAGGGAAAUGAGAAAAGAGAGCUACAGAGAGUGACACUCCCCAGGAGGAGGGUUAAAGGGAAUAGCAAUGCCACACACAGACCUGUCUUCUCCCCAGAACCUGGGUCUGAGGAGGUACACAGCAGACACAGGGGAGAGGAUAAAACUUGGAGACAAUCUCAGGAAAACUCUAGCCCACCCCAGUUCUCUGAUUUUGGAAUACAGAGGCUCAAAAGGGAAAGACUGGUGGCAAGCAAUAACAAAAUCCAUGACCUGGUCUCUGGGCCACUGACGGAGAAGACUUCUCAGCCUCCAGAAGUUCCAGGCAGUGCCUUGCAGGCAUCCACCAGCAAUUCUAGCUUGUCCAGACCACCCAAUUCCUCAGGUUCCAGCUGUUCCACUGAAGAGCCAGAGCUGGGCGCGUGCGGCCAUUGUGGACGCAAGUUUCUCUUGGUCAGGCUGGAGAAACACUCCAAUGUCUGCAGCAGGAUGCAGGGUUCCAAGAGGAAAGUGUUUGAUUCCUCCAGGGCCCGGGCCAAAGGCACAGAACUAGAGCAGUACUUGAAUUGGAAAGAGUCGGCCUCCGUCAAGGCUGAAGUCCCUCCAAAGAGCAACUGGAGACAGAAGCAUGAAUCUUUCAUCCGCACCCUCCGUCGGGCGCGGGAGGUCCAGCAGAUAAUUGCCAAAGGGGGAAACCCCGCUGACUUGCCUCCUAUCCUGUCCACAGAAAAUCCAGACUAUAUUCAGUGUCCUCACUGCAGCCGCUACUUUGCUCCCAAGGUGGCGGAGCGGCACAUUCCCAAGUGUAAAACCAUCAAGAACCGCCCCCCACCUCCAAGGAAGCAUUACAGUUGAGCCAAAAAGAGUGGCAACUUCCUUGAUGGUUUGGAAGGCUGUUUCAAGCAGCAUACUGGAAAACAAUGUGAUGCAAAGCAGAAUGAACUGAAAAUUUCCCAGUUCCCAGAUCUGCCUGCAGAGCUGGAAUCUAUGAGGAGACCCACUGCUAAGCAGCAGGAGGCAGCAAACAGCCUUAGCCCCCCACCAGACACCCCUCAGGCUGGUGUGCCUGUUACUGACCCAACAACUGACUUCAACACAGUGAGCAGGCUACAUUAAAUUCUCCUCACAAAUCCUUCCUGGGGUUGUGCGAGUGCCUGCAUGUGGGGUGCCUGCUUGCCACUGCUUCUGCAAUGUGUGGCUGUGGUUCCUGUUAGCUCUUCUUGCUCUUGCAAGAAACUGGCUCAUGACCGUUCUGCUGUCAGAGGACCAUAGUCACCUAGUUGGCAUCUCUUACAAGUGAUGAGAUUUUUGCUGGAAGCAAGUUCAAGUCCUUGACCUCCCAUUGCAUGGUCCUGUUCAAAAGCCAGUAAACAUAACAGAAGCGGGGCACCAGGGUACUCUUAAAACCUCCCUGUGGUGUGCUGUAUAACAGAGGGAGCCGCCGCCUCACGCAGCUGACAGGAUGGGGUGGGGGAAUGCACACUGUACGUCUCUGCAUUUGUUCUUUUCUAAUUGAUUGCAUAUGUUUAAAAAAAAAUUCAGCUAUUACUAGCGCUCUUUCAAAUGUUGGUUGGUUGGAUGGCUUUUUGAAAUGAAGCAGCAACAUCUACCAUCAAACUGGGAUAUUGCCGUGUUGGGUGUCCCUGCUGCUUACACAAACACAGUAAACUUCUGUUUUAGAAAGUAAACUAAAGGGAUGGGCCCAGAUCUUUUACUUUUCCAUGCAGAAUCAUGCCUGGUACAAGCCAUGUCUGUCAUGAGGCCCUCAGUACAUGUGUUUCAGGAAUUUAAAACAAAAGGAAUGAGUUCUAGACUUGUCAGGUGGGAGAAGUAACAUCUGGUGGGGGUGGUAUCAGUUCAGGCGGCAUGAAGUAGCCUAACUGAUCUGAAAUACUUGGAGGAUUAUCCCCCAUGGGCAUCCAGUUGUUAGUUUAAAAUACUGGAGGGAAAUCAUCCAUGUUGAUCUGGGCUACAGUGCCCAGGUAGUCAACACAUCAAUGUACUACUAGGCAAUAAAUACCUGCUCACUCAUUCCAUCUCUCCUGUGGCUUGUCAGAGUGGGGGGCU